AUGUGGCUCUGCACAUCAGAAGAACAAGAUCCAGCUCCACACACAAGAACACAGACACCAGUCGUCCAUCCCCAACAGGAGGCCUACGCAAGCCACCGGAACAACCUCCCCACAAGAACAGACAACCGAAUGAAGAAGAACUCUCACCCAGAACCUCCAGUUUCUGACACCAAGGUCAGCUCCUGUUGUGGCUCAGUCUGCUCUGACCAGAGCUGUGGACAAGACCUCUGCCAGGAGACCUGCUGCCACCCCACCUGUUGCCAGACCACCUGCUGCAGGACCACUUGCAGCCGCCCUAGCUGUGGUGGCUCCAGCUGCUGCAGGCCCCAGUGCUGCCAGUCUGUGUGCUGCCAACCCACCUGCUGUCACCGCAGAUGCUGUAUCUCCAGCUGCUGCUGUCCUUCCUGCCACAUUUCUAGUUGUUGCCACCCCAGCUGCUGUUGCCCCUCUUUCUCUGGCUCCAGCUGCUGCCGCCCCAGAUGCUGCAUCUCAAGCUGCUGCAGGCCCCAAUGCUGCCAGUCUCUGUGCUGCCAACCCACCUGCUGCCGCCCCAGAUGCUGCAUUUCUAGUUGCUGCCGCCCUUCCUGCCACAGCUCCAGCUGCUGCCACCCCUCUUCCUAUGGCUCCCGCUCCUGUGGCUUCAGCUGCUGCCUGCGCCCAGUCUGUGGCCGGGUCUCCUGCCACACUGCUUGCUAUAGCCCCACCUGUGUCAUCUCCACCUGCCCCCGCCCCAUGUGCUGCCCUUCUGACUGCUGCUGA